AUGACUAAACAAAUGUAAUAAAGUGAUGGAGAUGAAAUAUUUAUUCAUCUUUAAAACAACGCAGAUCAAUACAAUAUUAAAUAAUCAGAUAAUAAAAAUCAAAAUGAAAUUAUGAUCCCAGAUCAAGUCAUAGAGGCUAAGACAAAUAAUCAAAAACCAAUGACAUUUGACUAAAUUAGAUUGGUUUCAUCCACUUAAGUGAGUGGUGAUGGACACGCUAAAUCAGUUAGAGUACAAUGUCCAUAAUGCAAAUAAAAGGUAUUAAAAUCAAUAUUCUAGGUUGAUACUGUAAUUAUUCGUAAACCAGGAACCUAAACAUAUCUUGCCUCGUGCAUUCUUUUGCUUUGUUCUUUUGGUUUAGUAUGUAUUUCUUGUUUACCUUGUAUUAUUGAUGAUUGUAAGGAUGUCUUACAUUCUUGUCCUUAAUGCAAGACUCCAUUAGGAAAGACAAAAUUCAAGAUUUUAGAUUGA